AGGAGUGUACUUAGUGCAAGCGGUGUAAAGCGGGGAGAGAAGGAGGGAGCUGAGGAAACUCUCCUCCUCUCCGCCGCGACUGGCAGAGCCCCCCAUUCGGCCCCAGCAGUCAGCCAAGGGACGUGCUAUGGCUACGUCUAUACUUGGGGAAGAGCCAAGAUUUGGAACGACCCCCUUGGCCAUGCUGGCCGCGACCUGCAACAAGAUCGGCAACACCAGCCCCCUGACGACGCUGCCGGAGUCCAGCGCCUUCGCCAAGGGGGGCUUCCACCCCUGGAAGCGCUCCACCUCCAGCUGUAACCUAGGCUCCAGCCUUUCGGGCUUCGCGGUGGCCACCAGCAGCCGAGGCUCCAGCGGACUGGCUGGUGGCUCGGGUGCCGCCAACAGCGCUUUCUGCCUGGCUUCCACGUCGCCCACGUCGUCCGCCUUCAGCAGCGACUACGGAGGCCUCUUCUCCAACUCGGCGGCGGCGGCGGCAGCGGCGGCCGGAGUGUCCCCCCAGGAAGCCGGCGGUCAGUCGGCCUUCAUCUCCAAGGUGCACACGUCGGCAGCCGACAGCUUGUACCCACGCGUGGGCAUGGCGCACCCCUACGAGUCUUGGUAUAAGUCCGGCUUCCACUCCACCCUGGCGGCCGGCGAGGUGACCAACGGGGCGGCCUCCUCGUGGUGGGACGUGCACACCAACCCCGGCUCGUGGCUGGAGGUGCAGAACCCGGCGGGGGGGCUCCAGAGCUCGCUGCACUCGGGCGCCCCCCAGGCCUCGCUGCACUCGCAGUUGGGCACUUACAACCCCGACUUCAGUUCGCUCACGCACUCGGCCUUCAGCUCCACCGGCCUGGGCUCCUCGGCUGCCGCCGCCUCGCACCUGCUCUCCACCAGCCAGCACCUGCUGACCCAGGAGGGUUUCAAGCCGGUGCUGCCUUCUUACACGGACUCCAGCGCCGCCGUGGCGGCCGCCGCCAGCGCCAUGAUCACAGGCGCCGCGGCCGCCGCCGCCGGGGGGAGCUCGGCGCGCUCUGCCCGCCGCUACUCGGGCCGGGCCACCUGCGAUUGCCCCAACUGCCAGGAGGCGGAGCGGCUGGGGCCCGCCGGGGCAAGCCUGCGGAGGAAGGGCUUGCACAGCUGCCACAUCCCCGGCUGCGGCAAGGUGUACGGCAAGACGUCGCACCUGAAGGCGCACCUGCGCUGGCACACGGGCGAGCGGCCCUUCGUCUGCAACUGGCUCUUCUGCGGCAAGAGGUUCACGCGCUCGGACGAGCUGCAGCGGCACCUGCGGACUCACACGGGCGAGAAGCGCUUCGCCUGCCCUGUGUGCAACAAGCGGUUCAUGCGCAGCGACCACCUGAGCAAACACAUUAAAACACACAACGGGGGCGGCGGGGGCAAAAAGGGCAGCGACAGUGACACGGACGCGAGCAACCUGGAGACGCCCCGCUCCGAGUCCCCGGACCUCAUCCUUCACGACUCCGGGGUGAGCGCGGCCCGGGCGGCGGCGGCUGCAGCGGCGGCGGCGGCGGCGGCUGCAGCUGCUUCAGCGGGAGGCAAGGAAUCCGCUUCGGGGCCCAACGACUCUUAGAGGUGGUGAGAAGUGAGGAGAGCGAGCGAGCGAGCGAGCAAGAGAGACAGACACGCAGAGCGAGCGAGAGCGAGAGCGAAUGGGAGCGAGAGAUGCGGUGAGCACGAGCGAGCGCGAGAGAGGCUCCCUCCCGUCUCCCCCUAGUCCUCCUCUGCUCCCCGCGUUUGGAGAAGGAGAAGGAGAAGGAGAAGGAACCGCUGGUGAGCUCCAGCGCCAGUUUGGAGCGGGAGGUGUGACCCGCCCCGCUCUAGGCGAAUCUCUCUCUUCCAGACUGCAGCGGAGACUUGAAUAUGCCACGCUUGGUCCAGGGACAACUACUAAUAACAAUCCCAGCAAAUUCAAAGCAGUUUUUUUUUAACCCACAGAGACACAGAAAAACACAUACACACACGCGCGCGCGCACACACACACACACACACACACACACACACACACACACACACCCCGAUAUACAAACUUCUUGAGUGAAGAGCAAUACACAAACUCUCCCUCUAUCUCAGCCCAACCUCCUCCCCUUAAUCCACCUCUUCCCCAUCUCAAAAAAACGAACAAAACCCCACCACCCAGCAGAGGCUGUCAGAACAUUUGAAAACAAAUGGGACCUAUAAAAACAGACCCUUUGUGUGGAUUAUAUCAUAUAUAAAAUACUCCAAGUCCUGCUUGAUGAUAUCUAUUUACAAUGAGACUUUUUAAAAAGGAAGCAUCAAAAAAGAGGCUUAAGGUGAGAAAUUAAACUGGAAGUCUAAAGACAAUUUCUCUGUAUUUCAUAACAUCUGUAUAAAUAGGGUUCAAAAGAUUGUGUUCUCUUUUAUUUUCUUGUAAAUGUUUAUUCGAAUAGGGUUUUUUUUUGUGAAUUCCUGAAAUUCAGGGAGGUUUUUUUUUUAAAUUUUCUGAUGCACUUUGUGGAAGUCAGUAUAUAUGUAAAGAUAUUUAAAAUGUUGAGUUAUCAUUUCACUCACAAACACGUAAG